UCUGACGACGACUUAGACUAGACGCUCUCUUCUGGUAAUUGGGCAUGGAUAUACUACUGGUGAUUCUUCUGCACUUUAGUCUUCUACUGCAGUUCAGCUCAGGAGAAGAAGUGUUAUGUAAAGAGAAUGAAGAGUACAAUGAGUGUGGCUCUGGAUGUCCAUUAACCUGCUCUAAUUACUUAGAACCUAUAUUUUGUACAAAGCUCUGCAUAAAAGGUUGUUUCUGUAAACCUGGAUAUAUCAAGGGACCUGGUGGAAAGUGCAUAUUGCCUGAGGAGUGCCCAGUAGGUCCCUGUCGCGAAAAUGAGAGGCCUACGCAGUGCGUAAUACCUUGCAAUACCUGCGCUCAACGAGGCAAAUGCUACAACGGAUACUGCAAUAAGGGAUGUGAUUGUAAACUAGGCUUCUAUAGAAACUAUACAGGACACUGCAUACCAGGCAGUCAGUGUGAUCUUCAAGAUCCCUUACCCUGUCCCAGAAAUGAACAUUUUGUGCCUUGCGUGAGUCUAUGCAACGACUGCUACUACCGUGGUAACUGUGAAGAAAUAUUUUGCGAACCUGGCUGCGACUGCAAACCUGGGUAUUUUCGAAACGAAAAUGAUGAAUGCGUGCCUGAGAAUAGAUGUUUUUCUGAUGAUGUCAUUUGUGGUGAUAAUGAAGAAUAUACAGAUUGUGUAAUUCCUUGCAAUGAUUGUAUAAAAAGGGGUAAUUGUCCAUAUUCGUGUGUUCCCGGUUGCGAUUGCAAAAUCGGUUACUACAAAAAUUCGACAGGAAUCUGCAUACCUGCAUACCAGUGCCCGUUAGUUCCAAGUAAGCAACGCUGCCCGGUAAAUGAAGAAUACUACAGAUGUAUGCCCACUUGUAGAAAUACCUGUGAUACCUAUCAUGCGCCUGUUGUCCGAUGCACAGCGACUUGUCGGUCUGGUUGUUCCUGUAAGCCAGGGCUUGUAAGAAGGAAUGAUGGGGUGUGUGUUUCACCAGCAGAAUGUCCUAAAGUAUGCAAAGAAGAUGAAGAAUACAAAGAGUGUGGAACAGCUUGCCCUUUCAACUGUACCAACUUUGACAAGAAGUUUCUGUGUACACAACAAUGCAUUAAGGGUUGUUUCUGCAAACCUGGCUAUAUACGAGGCCCAGAGGGCACUUGUAUUAUUCCCAGCAACUGUCCUACUGUAUGUCAAGCAAAUGAGGAAUACCAAGCAUGCGGUACUGCAUGUCCUUUCACUUGUGCCAAUUUCAAAAAACCAUUCGUAUGCACUCAACAAUGUAUUAAAGGUUGUUUCUGCAAGAGUGGUUUUAUCAGAGGUCCUAGUGGAAAAUGUAUAGAUCCUGCCUACUGCCCUAAAGAGUGCAAAGAAAAUGAAGAAUAUACUGAAUGUGGUUCUGCGUGUCCUCCCACUUGCUCGAAUCAAACUACUACUUGUUCUCAACAAUGUAUCAAAGGUUGCUUUUGUAAACCUGGCUACGUCAGAAAUCCUGAUGGACAGUGCAUAUUGCCCAGAUUUUGUCCUGUGGAAUGCAAAGCCAAUGAAGAUUAUAGACAGUGUGGUUCUACAUGUCCCCCUACCUGUGAUACAUACCGUAAUCCUAUUGCUUGUAUCGAGAAGUGUGUUCAAGGCUGUUUCUGUAAAGCUGGCUUUGUAAGAGAUCCACAUGGAAAUUGUGUAUUGCCGAGCAACUGCCCUAUAGUGUGCAAUGAAAAUGAAGAAUACCAUGAGUGUGGUAGUGCCUGCCCACGAACAUGCAACAACACUUUGGAGCUAACUAAAUGUCAAGAGCGCUGCGUGAAGGGCUGUUUCUGCAAACCUAGUUAUGUCAGAGGACCACAAGGAAGCUGUAUAUUGCCUAGCUCCUGUCCAAUGAUUUGCAAAGAAAAUGAAGAAUACCGUGAGUGUGGGUCGGCUUGUCCUCCUACUUGCAGCAAUCCUGGACCUGUUUCCUGCGCCGAAAGAUGUAUUAAAGGCUGCUUCUGCAAGACUGGCUUCGUGAGAGAUCCACACGGGAAAUGCGUACUCCCCACUAGCUGCCCAACAGUUUGCAGGAAAAAUGAAAUAUUCAAAGACUGCGCUCCUGCGUGUCCUACGACAUGUGACAAUUUUCGCAGAAGUCUCGUCUGUAAACUGCCCUGCGUGAGGGGAUGUACCUGCAAGUACGGUUAUGUGCAAGGGCCAGACAGAAUGUGCAUACUUCCCACCUCUUGUCCUCAAACUGUAAAUCAAAUUCAAGGACGAUCGGGAGGAUCCUUAGACGAUGAGGAGACUACUGUAACUUCAGAUAAGAAAACCACCAUUGCGCAACCGUCAGCAUCUGAUACCACUACACCUGGUAGUCCUACAGAAAAUACUACUGCAAGCAGCCAGCUUGCAGAAAAUACUACUGCAAGUAGCAAGCAUGCUGAAACUACAUUGGGUACAACUACUAAACCAAAUGAAAAUGUAUUGAAUCCUACAACAGUCAAAAAAGAAAAACAGGAUUCAACUACAGCUAAUGUAUCAACAACAAUAACUCCUAGUACCACCUUACAACCAUCUAAAAAUGAAAAACACACAACUAUCAUUCAGCAAGUUGCAAAAGAAAAACAAGAUCCUACCACACCAAAACAAACAACUUUUAUAGCAUCAACACAGACAGAACCAGUCACAACACAAAAGGCAACGAAGCUUGACUCUCCUGCCACGACGCCUUCAAAGGCAAACAAUGACACUAAAAACUGUCAAAAGACAUCGGCCAGCAUGGCUGAUACAACUGCUAUUUCAACAAUAAGUACAAUCACACAACAAAGCAGUUUAAAAAAUUCUACAAAGUUAUGAUGCAAAAUAAGAACUAUUCAACCGCUUCAGGCGUAAUAUACUCCAUUUAUGGAAGUUAAAUUAAAAAUAAUUAAUUCAUUUAGGAGGAAAAAGGCAAGGUAUUGUAUUUUUUAACGAUUUUAAAAGCAUUUUUGAUAGCAGUAAUAAGCAUUUUUCAAAAAAAGCGAAACAAAUUCUAGAUUUAUUAAAAUAUAGUAAUGGACUUAUCUACAAAAAUGUUAAAUAUUGUAACUGUAGACGAGCGGAGCUUGGAAUAUACUAUUUAAAUUAAGAAACUUAUGCUUGAAUUGGUUGAGUAGAAAAUUUGGUACUAAAAUAUGAGAUAAUUUUAUUAAUUGCAAAGCAGCUUCGUCUUAUUUUCGUUUUUAUAUAAUCAAAAUAGUAUGCAAAAUUAGUCAUUGCAGUACGAAUUCGAAUAAAACGUAUCCAAAGGCUUUGGGUGUUUACUUUUUCAGUCUUUGCAUGUCAAGCUUCAUAUAAAUUAUAAUAUUGAUCUCUAAAACAGACUACUCCCCAGAACAAAAUUACUUUAUCCAAUUGUAACAAUAGAAAAAUUUUGUAAAAUUGUGUGUAAUUUUAGUUUUGGGUUCUUUAGAGUUGCAAAAUUACUAACGAUUUACAAAAAGGAUAAAUUUGCCAUUUUUAUGAGGAAAUGAAUUUUAAUUUAUGACCUAAAAUAUUAUACACUUCAAAUUGGAAUUGAGUGGAUUCGAUUUGGUUGAAUUAAACUUGAUUUAUUUUUGAAGACAUUUACCAAAAUGUUUUAAAAUACAAAAUGUAAAAAUUUAAUGUUAGAUGUUUAUUAUCAGGCUUUUCUUGCAAUUUGAAAUAUGUGUGAUUUUCAAAUAAAAAUUUAAUAUUUAUACUAUUAUAGUAAGUUUCCUUAUUGUUCUACUUUAGUGGCAUGAUUUGUUUAUUAAUUUGUUUCUGUCUGCUUUAAAUGCACAAUUCAUGUGUUAUUUAUUUUCAUCACUGUAUUAAUCGGUUUGCUAUGAUAUCAAGAAAGUGUAGAAGAAGAAACCGUGU